GAGGGGAACGUCUUAACAGGCCGCGUUGCUAGGCCUGCGCAGCGUGCGGAGGAGGUGCAGCUGCGCCUGGGCCCGUCUGCUCCCUUGGAUUGCAGGGAACGCCAGAGAUACGCAUCGACGGCCGGGAGCUGUCACGGACCCUCUCCUCCUCCUCCCCUGUCCCGUGAGUCGUCUCAGCCGCCGCCGGCUCUCGGAGCCCUACCCUUCUUUCGUCGGAGCCCUACCCUUCUUCUCGUCGGAGCCCAUGGACCGGCAACCCCAGGACUACGCGGCUGCGGCCAUGGCGUACGCACAGGGGCAGCAGCCACCGCCGCCGCAGUACGGCGGGUACCACCCACAGGCGCCGCCGCCUCAGUACCCGCCCCACCCUUACGGCGCGCCGCUCCCGCAGUACCGGCCCGCGCCCUAUGCGCGCCCCAUGCCGCCUGCCUACUCGCACCUGCUGCCGCACCAGCAGCCGCCUCCCCCGUACGCAGCGCACCCGCCGCCGCCGCACGCCUUGUCCACGCCCUCCCCGCCGCCGCCGCACCACCCUUACAUGCACCCGCCACCGUUCGAGUCCGCCCCGCCUCCUCCGGCCGCUCCACCCGCCGAUCCGGAGCUCCAGAAGCGCAUCGACAAGCUCGUCGAGUACAUCGCGAAGAACGGGCCGGAUUUCGAGGCCAUGAUCCGCGACAAGCAGCACGACAACCCGGACUACGCCUUCGUCUUCGGCGGGGAAGGUCACGCCUACUACAGGUACAUGCUCUGGCUCUUGCCGCGCCCGCCGGUGCCCGCGCCCUACCCGCCGGCCUCGAUGCAUAUGAUGCCGCCUAUGGGCCCUAUGAUGAGGGGACCGCCGAUUCACCAGCCGGGGUACCCGCCAUUCUAUGACCAGCACCAGCAGUUUGCUGCUGCUCACGGCCAUGGGGACUAUGAAGCUGCGGCGCAACCAUUCAAGGGACUGUCCGGACCGCUCCCUGCAGAUGUUGCUGCUGAGCUCCAAGAUGUGCUUAUCAAUCUUAAUGGCACUAAGGAAUCAAUAAAGGGAGCGAAGUCAUGGUUUAUGCAAAGAUUGCCGUUCGCGCCGGCUCUGGCUGAAGCUCUUAAGGAGAGAGUAUUUGUGUUGGAGGAUUCGGAGCGGCAGCUGCACAUAAUUUUCCUGGUGAACGAUAUUCUUUUUGAAAGCUUACAGAGACGAACUAGUAUUCGGGACCUUGACAAUGAGGCUAUUGCUUUCAAAUCCGUACUGGGUCCCAUGCUUGCAAGGGUUUACAAUAAUUCACAGAGUAAAGAUGACAACCAGACCCGUGUUGAGAAGAUCCUGCAGUUUUGGGGUUCAAAGGAAGUUUACGACCAGGAAACAAUUGCUAAUUUUGAAAGAGAGAUGAAAGGUGGCUUGCCUUAUUCGCUGGUGCCACGACAUGUUUCACCAGACCCUACGACCUUUUCAGGAUCAGCGCCAGUGCCCUCAAAAUGGUCCUCGGAACCUCCAGAGAAGGAUAAGCCGAUCCAUCCUGUCGCUGGUGCAAGCCAAUCUGUCCCCACCGCACAGUUUCCAUCAAACCAACUUACAGCCGGUGUCUAUCCUCCUGUAGGCCAAAAUGCAUUUGCAGGAUCUUUGCCAGUGCAACCGUCGUCAACAGUUCCCGCUGUGGCUCCUCAAAGCACUGCCGCCGCAAACGAUUCAACUCCACCUCCUUAUCCGCUCUUCCCGCCUGGCCUCAUCCCUGGAAUGGUUCGGAAGAUGCAAAUAGGCAGCGGGGUACCGUACUCUUCCCUGAGCCCGCUCGACAUCCCCACGACCAUCCCGCCAUCGUCAGUCCCGGAGUCCGAGAUCCUCGAGCGCGUGUCCAAGUUCUUCAGCGACAUUGGGGAGGUGAACCCGUCAGAAGGUCCGAUGAGGCAAGGCGAGCCCGAUGACUACGACGACUACGAGAGGGAGCUUCCUGCGCGGAAGGGAGGCGCCUGCAUCCCUCCCCCGCCGAAUCUGCUUCUGAACCCUGAGACAGGGAUGCACGCCGAUGGCAGCGUCGACAGUAAGCCAGGGUCCAGCGGCCGGUUGGGUCUCGGAGCAUCCGCCGAUCCGAACGAGGUGAGCCAGUAUGACGAUGUGUAUUCUUCUUAUCGUAAGCAAAGGAGCUCAACGUAUCACAUUUCCAUCACCGCUCGCUCAUCGACGUCAAGGUGAUGGUAGCAGAGAUGCAUGUCUCGAGCACCCCCUUCUGACAUUUGUGGGUGAUUCUGUACGGUUAAUACAUGAGAUGAGAAAACUGUAAGAACAUUGUAGUGCCUGAGAACUUUUUUAUGGCAAAAUGUGGUCUACAGGUUCUUAAAUCGAAAUGUAGUUGCCCCAUCUGCAAAUUAUGCUUGUCCUGACCUGCUACGUUGUGUGAUAGCUUCUCCUUCUGGUCAGUCCCGGCAGUGAUCACUGUGUAUUUGAACAUGACAUUGAUCAACGGAAAAAAGACACUUGAAACA